ACGGGUUUCACGGGUUCCGACAAUGCGAUAGCCCGCGUGUUCAUCGUUCGUAGUUUUUGAGAGAGAAAGUACAGAUAAGACAGGCGCAGAGUAGUCACUAUCCCUCCUGGCAUCGGUAUUCCGGGUCAUCAUGUCAAAACUGACGAAGAGUUCGUGUAAAGUCCAGAUGAGGCCACUUGGCCUGGACUAUGGCUCAAUCAAGACUGCUGCUGAGAUCAUCAGCCUUUCUUUCGCCUCAGAUCCCUUGAUCCGUUGGCUCUCGCGUGACCGCUCUGGUCCUGGCUGGGAGACUUUGACACCUACCCUGCAGCAAUGGCAAGAGGCACGCCUGCGCGAGUAUGCAGUCCGUGGAAUCGCCAUGGAAGCCGCUACAAUGGAUGAUACUCAUAGAAGCGUUGGAUCUUGCUUUUUGUUUCCCCCCAGGCCAGUGUAUCGAUGGCUGAACCCACUCUGGUGGCCGUCAUAUUUGCGAGUCUUUUGGGACGAGUGGUGGGUCCAACCAACUGAACCAUUCUGUCUAGAAAAGGUGAUACAACUUGCACAAGUCAAUAAUAGCAGAUCUAACAAGCCCUCACAGAGGAUCGGAAUCAUGAUGGAGUCUCAUAACGAUUUCGAGGAGAGGAUCAAGAAGAAAUAUCCACCAAAUUCUCUAUACUACCUCGAGAUUGCUGCGGUCAGACCUGAUACGCAGGGAAUGGGAGUUGGGAAAACGAUCAUGCAAUGGGUGGUGCAGAAGAUAGGAGACUAUCCAUGCUAUAUUGAGUGUACAGACAGGAAUAAUGUCGCGUUUUACGUCAAGUAUGGCUUUGAGGUUGUCGAAGAGAAGAAAUUGGUGGAUGAGGAGGACACGAUGCCACCAACGACUUUGUUUUACAUGAUUAGAGAUACAUCAGCACUCAAGAAGUAGUGUGAAAAUCGAUAUAUAACGACAAGUUCUCUGAGGCUUUGUUUGUUUCUUAUUUUAAUGGUUGCACGUAUCUUUGA